UUCUUUUCCCUUUUCAUUUCAACUCUCACACCCUUUCAUGGAGCCCUAUUCAUUACAGUAAUGAGUUCAAUCUUCGUUUCACAGAACAUGCGUUUUCGUUAUCAUCACGCUCUAAUAGUUCCUUUCUUUUCCAUGAACACUCAAACCCUCUCCAAUUCCACUCCCUUUUCAAACCUAAAAAAACCCCUCUCUUUUCUUACGCACCGUUUUCAACCUAAAAGAACCAUUUUUACCGUUUUCUGUUCCAAAAAACGCAAUUCUAAAUACCCUCCUUUGCCUCUUAAAACCAACGGCUACCAUGGUGCUUCUCAAGCUAAGGUUCCUAAGCCAGUGUAUUUGGAGGAGAACAAGUUGGAGAUGCAGUUUGGUGUUUUGAAGAAGAAGUUGGAAGUUGUUGGAAUUGAUACUGAAAUUUGUGUUCCUGGCCAAUACAAUCACUUGCUUUGUCCUGAGUGCCAAGGCGGCGACGCAGGAGAAAAGAGCUUAUCUAUUUACGUUGCACCAGACGGGGGGUCCGCUGUAUGGGUGUGUUUUCGUGCAAAGUGUGGUUGGAAAGGCAGCACCCAGGCCUUUGCUGGUAGCAGUUCACAUUCUACGACAAUGAAUCAAGUAGUCCCGGUUAAGAAAAAAAGAGAAAUUAAGGAGGAGGACUUGCAACUAGAACCCCUAUGUAAUGAGCUGGUCGCAUAUUUUGCCGAGCGCUUGAUUUCAAACGAGACUCUGCAGAGAAAUGGUGUCAAGCAGAGAAAAUAUGAUGAUCAGAUUGUUAUUGCAUUCACAUAUCGUCGUAAUGGAGCGCUUAUUAGUUGCAAGUACCGAGACAUCAACAAGAAAUUUUGGCAGGAAGCAAACACUGAAAAGAUCUUUUAUGGAUUGGAUGACAUAGUGGGGAAAAGUGAUGUUAUCAUUGUUGAAGGUGAAAUGGAUAAGCUGGCGCUGGAAGAAGCUGGCUUCCGCAAUUGUGUGAGUGUUCCUGACGGCGCACCUCCAUCAGUGUCUUCAAAAGAGCUUCCACCUCGGGAUCAGGACACGAAAUAUCAGUAUCUGUGGAAUUGCAAAGAUGAACUAAAGCAGGCAUCCCGGAUUAUCCUUGCCACUGAUGGGGAUCCACCUGGUCAAGCCUUGGCAGAAGAGCUUGCACGCCGCAUUGGGAAAGAAAAAUGCUGGCGUGUCAGAUGGCCUAAAAAAGGGAAGAUUGAUGAUUGCAAAGAUGCAAAUGAGGUUCUCAUGUAUUUGGGAGCCAAUGCACUGAAGGAAGCGAUUGAGAAUGCAGAAUUAUAUCCUAUACGUGGAUUGUUUAACUUCAGAGACUACUUUGAUGAGAUUGAUGCAUAUUAUCAUCGAACUUUGGGAUAUGAAGUUGGUCUCUCAACUGGGUGGAAUAAUCUGAAUGGGUUAUACAAUGUUGUACCAGGAGAACUGACCAUUGUAACUGGAGUUCCCAAUUCAGGGAAGAGUGAGUGGAUUGAUGCUCUUCUUUGCAAUCUUAAUCACAUCGCUGGCUGGAAAUUUGCACUUUGUUCCAUGGAGAACAAGGUUAGAGAACAUGCUCGGAAGCUUUUGGAGAAACACGUGAGGAAGCCUUUCUUUAAUGAACGCUACGCCGAACAAGUUGAACGGAUGAGUGUGGAGGAAUAUGAACAAGGCAAGCGCUGGUUAAAUGAUACUUUUCAUCUCAUAAGGUGUGAAGAUGAUGCUCUUCCAAAUGUAAAGUGGGUUCUUGACCUUGCAAAAGCAGCUGUGUUAAGACACGGGGUGCGUGGACUUGUAAUUGAUCCUUAUAAUGAACUUGAUCAUCAGCGACCUCCAAAUCAGACUGAAACUGAAUAUGUGAGCCAGAUGCUUACCUUAAUCAAACGUUUUGCCCAACAUCAUGGAUGCCAUGUUUGGUUUGUAGCACAUCCCAGGCAGCUGCACAAUUGGGUUGGGAGUCCUCCUAAUCUUUAUGAUAUAAGCGGAAGUGCACACUUCAUAAAUAAGUGUGACAAUGGAAUUGUUAUUCACCGUAAUCGGGAUCCUGAGGCUGGGCCUGUUGAUCAAGUGCAGGUUUGUAUUCGAAAGGUACGGAAUAAGGUUGCAGGGACAAUAGGUGAGGCUGUAUUGUUGUAUAACAGGGUAACCGGCGAGUAUGUGGAUGAUGAUAGCAAGAGAUAGCCGUCACGCAAAUAAUUUUUGGUAGGUUUGUAUACUGGUCAGCAAUUACACAUUGAAUCGAAGUUACCAUCUCUGAACAUGGCUGUUAUGGUGUUUUCGCUGAAGGUGCUGGAUCGAUAUCAAGAAUGGUAAAUAACAUCUUGACAUGGAUUGUGAGAUCUGAGAUCUGACUGUAUAAUAUUAUUAUUUUGGCUUUGAUUAUAUCUAUCCUUUAGCUGUCCUUUUAUAGGUGUUAGUGUUACAAUUUAAUUUAAUUUUGCAGAGUUAUGCAUUUUGCAUCCUUGUAUAGUAUAGAUAUAGGAUUUUUCUUCUUUGUAAUGAUCCCUCAAACUCAAAUUAUUGAGCUCUAGUCUUUUUUGUUGGUCUAUUGUGUAAUAUUCAGUUAUUGAUGGUUUAUUCUACUAAUGACACUACCUAUCAGUGAAGUGAUUAUAUUUACAUGUUAA